AUGUCGUCUGCUCCUCUGCCUCCGCGCUCUCCCGAGUCGCUUCCCGAAAGCGUUCAGAGUGGCCCUGCCUCGCCGCCUUACCAGCCACGUAACCCGAACGAGCCUCUGCCGCCCAUCUACGCAAGUCAGUCCACGCUGCCCGCCCCCAUGGCACCCAACGACGAUCACAUGCUUCACGAUGCCGCUGUAGCUGCUCUUGCCUCGGGAGACGUCAACACCUCCGGCCACGCUCCUUCAGAGUCCGCCGACCUGUCCGAUCGUAAGCCUUCAGGUCAGCACACGCCGCGACACCUCGCAAUUCACGAAAGCAGCAUCAUGAGAACCUCUGCAAGCUCCUCCGGUCCCAACUCACGGCCGGGAACCGCUGGUCCGCGCGUGGCCAUUACAGACCCUCUCGCCGACUUUCGCGACGGUCAGCUUCCCAAGCCCCCAGGUCUUGGUCCCAAAUCCGACUUUCCACCGCACGAGACCAAUCGCACUCCAGGCACGUUCAAUUACAAGAGCAAUGUGCCCUACCGUCCGCCCUUUGUCCGUCAAGACAGCGAGGUUUCCUCGACAGACGGCGGCAAUGAUCGCGAUUACGGCGAUUUCAACUGGUCCGAUGAGGAAGACCUCGACGAGGCUGUCCGUUUCGAAAACGAGCAGGCAAAGCAGGUCCGCAUGGGUCGUCUUAGCCUUUGGAAGAUCCUCAGCUUUCUAGCCACCACUUUCCUGGGCAAUCUCAUCGUCUCUGGAUGCCUGCUCAUCCCCGUCAUCGUCAUCCAGUACGUCUAUCGAAGACGUGGUCCCGAUGAAGGUCACCGUGACUUUGUUGCCGACAACGUCCAGGCCUGGUUCAUCUGGGCCGCAUUCAAUCUUCAUGUGGAAUGGUGGAUCCAUCUUCUUGUCGAACUGUUUCCCAAAGCGACUCUCGGUCUCAUUCAGCUCGUCUGGGGUCGUCCCAGUCAACGAAUCCUUUCGCUUGCCGAGUACUUCAACGCCAUCAAGGGCUACAUCAAGCUAGUUGCCUAUGCUGCGCUCAGCUGGGGCUCGUGGGCCAUCAUCUUCAACUCCAUCUACGGUCUCUACAACCACUCCGAUGCCCGCAACAGUCGCGCUGGCUACCUCUACCGCAUCUACCAGGUCAUCGAGUUCUUCUUCUUCCUCACCCUCACCAUCUGUGUCGAGAAAGUCAUCAUCAAGCACAUCGCCAUGUCUUUCCAUCGCAGCGCCUACGCCGAUCGAAUCGCCAAGGUCAGCAAAUCGCUCAAGGUGUUUGACUGGCUGCGUGACCACAAGCCCAAGCUCAAAGGCAGAGAUACUGCUUCCGCCUUUGGUCUUUCUCGUUCGGCUCGGGCCUCGCCCAGCGCUAGUGGCACCGCCACCCCCAUUGCACCCACCGACUUUACCCUGGAUGCGGACGAAAAGGGCUUACGCAAUGUCUCCGACUCGAGCAAAGGCUCUUGGCUCAAGAAGCACAGCAAGAAGCGUCCUUCCGACCAAGCUGCCUAUGCAGCGAUCAAUGAUCUCGCCAUCGAUCCCACCACUGGAAAGCCGGCAGAAGGUCAGGCGCCUGCUCGAGGUAACGGCAAGUCCAACCUCAUCGCUCGCGUCGCAGCCCGCGGUGGUCGUCGAGCGCGCCUCACGGCUGGUCAAGCAAGCACUCUGGCGCGUGUUGCCAUGAACGAUCCCUUCGGACUUCUUCGCAACGAAGCGCUCGGUAUCGGCACCGACGUCAACUCGCCAGCCGAAGCCAAACGACUCGCUCGCUCCAUCUUUGUCGCCUUCCGUGGUGCACACAAGCGCAGUUACCUCAUCCCUUCGGACUUCGAGCCCGCCUACACCAGCCCCGAAGAUGCCAAGGAUGCCUUUAGCGUGUUUGACCGCGACGGCAAUGGCGACAUUUCGCAGUCCGAGAUUAAGAACACGGUCAUGCAGGUCUAUAAGGAGCGUCGCUUCCUCAGUCGGUCUAUGCAGGACGUCAACCACGCUGUGGGUCAGCUCGACGGCAUCUUCCUGUUCGUCUGCCUUGUCAUCAUCCUCUUUGAAGCGCUGGCCAUCUUCAACGUCAACAUUGGCAAGACGCUCACAACUUUCUACUCGCUCGCCAUUGCGUUCGCUUUCGUCUUUAAAGAGUCCGCUGCCAACGUCUUUGACUCGAUCAUCUUCAUCUUUAUCACGCAUCCCUUCGACACGGGCGACAGGAUCCAGAUCGGUGAGGUGGUGCUCGUGGUGAAGCGCAUGUCUCUGCUGUCCUGCCUGUUUACCGACUCGCUCAAUCAAGACGUCUACAUCAGCAACGUCAUUCUGUCGGCUACCAGCAUCCUCAACAUGCGUCGCUCGGGCUACCAGUGGGAACCCAUCACGGCGCAGUUCGACUUCAACACGCCGCUCGAGAAGCUCGACGCGUUGGAAGAAGACAUGAUCCAUUGGCUUCAGACCGAGCCGGAGCGCCUCUUCGUUCCGAGCACUGCUAUUGUACCGCAAAAGAUCGAGUACAUGCGUUCGAUCGAGUGCACCAUCGGUAUGACUCACGCCGAUACCUGGCAGGAUUGGGGCCGCCGCUUCUAUCGAAAAAAUGCCUUCUUCUCGGCCUUUGCCUUCUACGCCAAGAAGCAUGGCAUCCGGUACGCCAACCCUGUGCAACCUGUCGUCUACUGGACCGAGGACGCGGCGACACUUCCACCUAGCUACGAUCCCUCGGAUCCGCGAUCUUCCGCCCCGCGUCGUCAGGACUCUCUGACGGAUGAAGAGGAUAACGGCUACAUGUUGGAUGACUUUACUCCAUCGCCGUACGGCAGCCCGCAGAUCCGCGCUGCUGGCGGCGCGGUGGCUCUGCCGCCCAAGAAGCCAAAGUCGUUCAUGAACUUUACCCCACCGCCCGACGAGUUGGAGACGGACGCGGCCAUCGUGCGUCAGCGCAGGGUCAGACGGGAGGCCAAGAAGUUUGCCAACCAGGGAGGCGAUGGUGGUGGUGGUUGA